AUGAAGAAAAGACUGUGCAGCCAAGAAACUGAUUCUCCUUUUCUGAGUUGUUCUGAGAUUGAACAGCCCAGCAGAGUUGAUAGCAUGAAUCCUGUCCUUUCCAUCUCUCUGCCCCUAGUCUUUGCCUUGACUUUGGGGCAAAGUCUGGCUCUUUGUAUCCCUGUUGAUUAUGUCAUCCAUGUGGAGAAGAGAGAAUGUGGCUACUGCUUAGCUAUCAACACCACCAUCUGUGAAGGAUUCUGCAUGACCUGGGACAGAAAUAUUAAGAAGUUACUGCCCAGGAGGCUGAGUGCCUUAUCCCAGAAUGUGUGUACAUACAAGGAACUGGUGUACAGGACUGUGAUGAUACCUGGCUGUCAACACCAUGCUGUCUCUUACUAUUCUUAUCCUGUGGCAGUGAGUUGCAAAUGUGGGAAAUGCGACACUGAUUACAGUGACUGUGUGCAAGAGGCAAGUGGCGCUGGUUAUUGUGCAAUGUUCUAG